GCGAGAAUGUGGCAACACUAAACUUGUAACCAUGUUUGUUUACGAGAAUGUACGGAGCAUGCUUAAGAAUGGUUGUUUUAAAUAAGUAAAAUAUAUACACGUAGACACAGAUAAAAGGGAUAUUUAAAGAAAAAUGAAGAUGCAGCUUGUUACUCGCCUUUUUAAUUUUGCAAGAUCCAGUUUGUGUAUGAGAAGAUUAUAUACUACACAUAUAAUAUAUAGCUGUUUACAAACUCAAUUAAAAGUGCCAUGCAAAUAUUCUAAUUUGACCUUCAAGAUUGUAAUGAAACAACAUUAUGCUACAUAUUUAGAAAAUCAAGAGUUGAAUACUGUUUUAUUAUCACAUGGACUGACUGAAGAAGAAUUAGAUGACAUGUGGAAAACCAAAUCUCAACUAUUGAACUAUCCAGUUACACAUUGGAAUAACACAAUUGAAAUAUUAAAUAAACAUGGAUUUUCAAUAAAUGACAUCAAAAAUAUUUUAAUGACUGUACCUAGCAUUUUGGAAAUUAAACCAAAUGAUUUAAAUAAUACAAUUAACAAGUGGAGAGAGCAAAAAUUAGGUGAAAAAAAAUUAUUAAUGAUUAUUAAUAACACUCCUUGGUUGUUGUUAUUAAAAGAUAAAUAUAUAGAUGAAAGAGUAAAAGAUAUUUACAAGAUGUUUACAAAUUUGGAUAGACAUAAAUUAUUAGAAAUAUGUCCUUUAAUAUUUAUUGAAGAUUGGAAUAGUAUACUUGAAAAAAUUCAAUAUAUACAAGAAGCUAUGGGAUUUACUCAGAUGCAGAUCGUAAAAGGAAAGUGUUUAGAACAUACUUUAUUACAUAUUAAAACUAGGCAUAUGUGUGCCGUUAUGUGUGGAAAAUUUAAAAGAUUAUCUCCAAAGAAAAAUAUCUUAACUAAUAUUUCAUUGAAAAAGAUUGCUGAUACAACAAAUAGAGAUUUUGCAAAAAUUUGUGGAAUAUCAUUAGAAGAAUACUAUGUAUUUUGUGAUAUUAUGAAGGAAUUAGAUUUAGAUGAAAACUCAGAUGAUGAUGUAUGAGUAUAAAAUUAUUUUAAUUUGAAAUAAAUUAGAACGUGAAAAAUAUACAGUACUGUAUUAAUUAUUAGAAUGUAGUUUAAUGAACUAUUUCACAGUUUUGUUUAAUUUCAACUGUAAAUAUAAAUGUGUCCUAUUAUAAGCAACAAUCCAUUAAAUUACCUAAAAGAAUCUUAGAACAAUUAAAUAUUUUCAUGCUAAUUCAUAUUCAAGAAAAAAUCCAAUCUGAAAUUGAAAUAAAAUUUUAUUCUAAUUUUACAAUUUUAGAUUAAGCUUACUCCUGAAGAUGAAGUUUGAAGUUACAGAAGCAGUAGAACAUUUUGAACUUUAUCUUUAGUGAGGUACUUUUCCUAAGUUACUGAGUUUUAGCACCUUUUCAAUGAUUUUAUUACAAAAAAGUAAAAAUUAUUAUCUUAAUAAUAAAAAGUCUGUUCUCCAAAUAUUUUAAACAACAGUUCACUUUUCAACAUUUCAAUGUUUAAAAUAUUUUUUUCUAGUCUUUUAUUGUAAAUUUCAAAGACUAAUUUACAAUAAUUAUCAUUCCAAACAAUCAAUCAAUGAAUGUGGUUUGUCUGAUGAAACAUGCAUCAUAAAAAAUUGUGCAAUGCCAGAAAAUAUUGAAGUAUAAAAUCCUUAAUAAUUUAUAAUAAAAUUCAGCUAUUUUUGUUUAAAAAUACUUUUUACUCUGCCCAGUAUAUGUUAAGAAGACAAUUGUGAGUUUGGCCAGACCCACAAUGAGGCAGCUGGGGUUGAAGUACAGACCACCUUUGAAAGUUUCUGACUUUUCAGUCUGAUUGGAUUCACUCCCAGACUUUCCAUAGUGGUAGGUUGAUGCCUUAACUACUUCAUCCAUCCAUCUUGCCAGCAAUACUUCCUAUUGAAGACAGCUGGUAAAGGUAUCAGCCUACGUCUGGGGACAUGUGAACAACUACAGGAAUUUUCAUGGACAGUCUGACCUGAGGCAGUUGGCAACACAGCACUUAUCCACUGUCCCCAACUUAUGUGAUGUCAGGACUGAGGCUAACUCACUUUUUGGGUCGACAUGCAUCCGUUCGGAUGUUCAUCUCAUUGUGCACCCCGACCACUGCUUCCACAGUCAGCGUAACUUUAACCCUUGUAUAUUGCUUUGUAAAAUAAACUUGUGGCAACAACCAUUGGACUCUUUUGUCUGUCCUGGAAUCAUUCAUUCGCCACCACGACAAUCCUCUUCGUGGAUGUAAUCCACGAGCAGAAUUGUCGGCAUUGACCGACAUAGCCGAUUUUCAUUCUCAAGAGGUACGCCUUAGUGGCCUCCUCAGUCCCUUACCACUCAGUUAUGUUUCUGAUUAAACCCAUGAGGAGUAUGGAAAAAGGCUUUAAAUAUGUCUACAGGGCAGAGAGAAAAUCUUAUUAAAAUUAUUCUAAAGUUGUUAAUUAAUAUACAGUGAUAACCAGUCAGUUUUGUGAGUUUGUUGUUGGUUUUUCUUUCUCCACAGAUGGUGCUGCUUCAUAACACAAUGAAUUAUUAUUUAUGAUUAAUUUUUAUUGUAAUCCAAAGUAGGAUUGUUCAGCGGAUUUAAAAUAUUAAGAGAUGAUAUUAUUAU